GUCGUAGCGCCGCCGAGCGUCCUGUCCAUACCCGCUCUCGCUCAGUGCCUCGGGCCGAUCAAUCAUCCCCUCUCUACGGACUCACUUCUGGGGUUUACCUCACUAUACCGAUAUACAACGACCCGAGAUCAAUGGGCUGUUAAUAUCUAUAGGGUACCAAAAUGAGAUCUAGAACAGUUGCGCCAUGGCCGACAUACCUAUCUGGAUAUUCGCAAUUCUGCCGCCCAAGGAGGUGGACAGGUUACAGUUCGAUUGGAGAUCGCUACAAUAGCAUCAGACAAUAUGCUGCCGGAAAAUCCCAAUACAUCCAGACUGGCCUUGGUAGACAGCGUCUCAGCCAUGGGAUCCGACAUUCCUCAACGCCGGCACCCUCACUACCGUUCAAGGACAUCAACAGUCAGACCCAAAAGACAGCCGAUGCCUUCAUCUCAUCCCUCCCGAUAACCCGCUACCUCCGUUCCCUCGCCUCAUCAUCAUCGUCAGAGCCCAUAUACACUGAAACCCGCCCCUACCGCGAUAUGCACCCAGCAGCACAUACAACCCACCUCGUCAGCGCCUCGCUACUGUCCCCUACCAAACUCCCUACGGAUCCAAUCUUUUUCAUCCAAACUCACCCUGCCUCGGUCUCAGCCUCAGACUCUCUAUGUAAUGUAAUAGCAACCUGCUACAUCGGUCGCGACCUCUGCGGACACCCAGGGUACGUCCACGGCGGUCUCUCAUUCGUCCUCUUCGACGACGUCUUUGCGCGGUGUGCGGCCGCCAUACUGAAAAGUCGCACUGCUAUGACGGCGAGUAUGUCCGUUGAUUUUCGGGCUCCUGCUGUGCCGGAUCGCGUGUAUGUUUAUCGGACGAGGAUUGUGGAAAGGCAGGGGAGGAAGGUUUGGUUGCAGGGGGAGAUGAGGUGCUUGAGGGCGUUUAACGUGGAGGAGAUGGCACGAAGGGAUGUAGCUGUUUCUGAUGGGGUGAGUUGUGAGGAAGAGGAGGGGACGCUUGUUGCUGAGGCGAGGGCGUUGUUUGUUGAGCCGAAGAAUAUAGAGGCGAUGGUACCUCUAUAUCCAGUAUGAACCCGUCCACAAGAUUAGUAGCAAAGGGGCUAAUAGAGAUUUAGACAACACCCUGCUAGAUCAUUUCCUAUAGAGAUGCCUGUUGCUUUUAGCCCUUGUUAGAAUUGAAUCUCAUGAACAUACCUGGAGC